CAAAAGGAGUGGUGCUUUAAGGUGACUUCAGUGUAAGGUUUGCCAAUCUGGUCACACGAGUCUCUGUCUUUAUUUUUGUAACCUGCUGGACUUAUCACUGCAGCUGUAAUCCAAGGGGAGAUAACUUUUUAAGCAACACUUUACUCAGCUUUAAAGGGAUAAGACUGAAAACCAACGCUGUGGAUUUCAUUGUUUGGACGUCGUUGCCGAUCAAGAGGCUGAAUUUUGUUGUUCUACCACCACUGAGGUUUUGGAAACAGUUUCCUUUGAGUUGAGUAUGUCAUCCGAAACUUGUCUCAAAAUCCAGCAACCCCUUGUGCUUGCUGUUUUAAUACUGGGCUGCUUUGUGACUCUGUUUUUGAUGUAUUUUAAACCAUCCAUCAACUGGUUUUCGAUUCCUGUAGAAUCAACAGGACCCACAGGUCAGGUGGAAAAUGUUUUCUCUACUAAGACGGAUAAAACCCCGACCACCGUGCUGAUCUGGUUCUGGCCUUUUGGAGACAUCUUUGACUUGACUGUCUGUAGCUCUAAAUAUAACAUUGAUGGUUGUUUCCUCACAGCAGACAGGAAAUUCUACAACAAGUCAGAUGGGGUUGUGAUCCAUCACAGAGACAUUCACGGGGAUUUGUCCAACCUGCCAAAGCUCCAGCGACCACCCCUUCAGAAGUGGAUAUGGUGGAACUUGGAAUCCCCAACACACACCUCAAAGCUGCCUGGGAUUGAGAAACUGUUCAAUUUGACCCUAAAUUACCAUCAGGAUGCUGACAUUCCAAUACCUUAUGGAUAUAUCGGCCCAGCGGAGGGUGAGGAGAACUUCACCCUGCCCAAGAAAGACAAGCUGGUCUGUUGGAUUGUGAGCAACUGGAACCAAAACCAUCAUCGUGUGAAAUACUUCAAUGAGCUGAAAACACAUGUUCAGAUUCAUGCUUACGGUGGAGCCUUUGGAAAGAGAAUCUCCGGUGAUGAUUUUCUCCUCACCAUCUCCAGCUGUAAGUUCUACCUGUCAUUUGAAAACUCCAUCCACAGGGACUACAUCACUGAAAAACUGUAUAACCCGCUCACUGUGGGGACGGUACCUGUGGUUCUUGGCCCAAACAGGCAGAACUAUGAAAACUUCAUCCAGGGAGAUGCCUUCAUCCACGUUGAUGACUUCAAAUCACCUAAAGAGUUGGCCGACUACCUGCUGCUCCUGGACAAGAACCAAGAAAUGUACCUCAGGUACUUUGAGUGGCGCCGGUUCUUUCAAACUAAGCGCCAUAACAGCUGGGCACUACAAGUAUGUCUGGCUUGUGAUUACUUGAGUAGAAACAAGAAGUAUAAAGCAUUCAAUCAUCUCGAUAAAUGGUUCUGGGGCUGAGAGUGUUUUUAAGGAUUGUGUAGUGAUUGUUCUGUUGUUGAAGGCAGUGCUUUAAGUCUCACCUUUUUGUCUUUUAUUUCCCGUGAGCCGUUCUGUCCAGAAAAUGAACCGCUGUCUCAACGAGAAAAAGUGAUGAAACAAUUUGCAUAGAUCUUUUUUAAGUUAUUUCAACUUAACUCGAGCAGUCUUAUGAUAUUAACUCAACUGAAAUUUGAAAUAACUAAGCUGAGAUAACUAAAUUGUUACUUCUUGGCUUUUUAUUUGGUUUGUAAUGUAUUACACAUAAACUGGACUUACGUUGUUUUAUGUGUGUGUGUGUGUUUAUUUCAGCUUAGUUUGCUCUUUGCUCCUGACAAAUAAAUUAAUAACAUACAGGACAUACAAUGAAACAAGAUUAAAUGGAAAAACAACAAUAAAGACAACACAAAAAUGUAUGCAAUUUAGAUUAUCUAAUAUAUAGUUUAAAAAA